CUCUUCUUAUCCCUUCCAUCUCAGUUCUCUCCGUCUCCUCUCUCCCUCCCCUUUUCUCAACUCUCUCUCCCUUCACUACUCUCUCCUCAUCCCUCCCCUUCCAUCUCAGUUCUCUCCGUCUUCAGUCUCCUCUCUCUCCUCUUCUCUCGCCCACCCUCGCUCCCUCCCGCCCAGUGUAAGGGCGUCCCUGGUUGGUUUCCAUGGUUUGCCUUGCCGUAAAGUGCCCACCCUCCCUAUCAGAUCCAUGUCACUGGGCAGCAGGGGAAGCAGCAGCAGCAGCGGCGGUGGUAGAGGUGCCCACCUCCCGGUGGAGGUAUGGCGUGUGGUCCUGGCCUACCUCCCCCUCCCAGAGCUGGGCCGCUGCAGCCUGGUGUGCAGGGCUUGGAGAGAGCUGAUCCUCUCCCUGGAUAACACCCGUUGGAGACAGCUUUGCCUGGGCCUGCCCGAGUGUCCCCGACACCCCAGCUGGCCCAGCCGGCCUCACUUGGAGCCCUCAUCCUGGAGAGAAGCCCUGAGGCAGCAUGCCAUCGCCAGUCGUACCUGGUCCCGUCACGCCCACCCUGAGCUCCAGCCCUCCGCCUGCCUCCACCUGUUCCGUCGGAGGAAGGAGAGGAGGGUGUGGCAGGUGGGGUCGGGGCUGGAGCUGGAGACGCUGAGGGGGGCGUUGGGUGUAGCCGGGUCGUACGACCGGGUGGUGCUGCACCCCGGGGUCUACGAGGAGCAGGCAGAGUUGGUACUGAAGGUGCCUGUGGAGGUGGUGGGACUAGGGCGGCUGGGGGACGUGGCUCUCCUGGUCAGUAUGGAGCAGCAGUGUCCCACAGCCAGGCUCUCCAACCUGGUCUUCAUGCCUGCAUGGUUCUCCACCGUCGUAUACAAGACGUCGUCAGGUCAUGUCCAGUUGGACAACUGUAAUUUCGAGGGAGCUCAGCUGCAGAUCCGAGGCCCAGGAACCUGCCACGCCCGCUUCUGCUCAUUCUCACAGGGAAGCUCCACCCACUUCCUGGGCGUGACCCUCAGCCUGUUGGAUAGCUGUGAUUUCUCAGGAAGUGAUUCGGCUUCCGUGACGGUUGAGGGCGCUCCAGUGACGGAGCGGAACUGGGCCUGUAAACACCUGGCCGCUCUGGCUCGAAUCACCACAUCCUGGACCUCGCCUGGGAGUGGUAGCCCAGCUGGAGACACCUUGGGCGGGCAUUCAGGAGCCACACAGCCCCCUGUGGCUACCAUCACCCUGGAGGACUGGAGCAAAGGACAAACGGGGAGGAGAGGAGGAGGAGGAGGAGGAGAGGAAGGAGUGUGUCAGGAUACGGUGAUUGAGGACGGCUGGAGCGACAGCGCUCCUAGUGAGGAGGAAGAGGAGGAGGAAAAAGGAGAGGAAGGUUCAGGACAAGGCAACAACAUUCUAAACUACAGACUGGCCCACAGUCACCACGGCCUCUCUCAUCUCCUCAGACCCAACCAGGACGACUCCCCCUCGCUGACCCCUGAAGUCCGAACCCUGACCGAGGAGCUCCAACGCGACCCCGGAGCCCAGGCGCUGGUCGAGACAGUGCAGGGGUGCGUGCUGAGGCGCUGCCUGUUUCGGGACGGCAAGGGCGGUGUGCACGUAUGUAACCACGGAAACGCCAGGUUGGAAGGAAACGUGUUCCGGGGGCUGACCUAUGCGGUGCGCUGCAUCCAGAGCGCCACGAUUGUGAUGCUCCGUAACGAGGUGUGUGAGUGUCGUGCGUCGGGCGUGUUCCUCCGUCUGUCGGCUCAGGGUCUGAUCGCUGACAACAACAUCCACUCCAACGGGGAGGCGGGGCUUGACAUCCGCAAGGGGGCGGACCCCAUCAUCCUGUGUAACAGAAUACACAGCGGUUUGCGUUCCGGCAUCGUGGUUCUUGGCAACGGGAGGGGUUCCAUCCGUAGCAACCAGAUCUAUAACAAUAAGGAAGCAGGAGUCUACAUCCUGUUCAACGGGAACCCUGUAGUCAGUGGUAACCAUAUCUUCCAGGGUCAGGCAGCAGGGAUUGCUGUGAAUGAGAACGGCAGAGGGGUGAUAGUCGAGAAUGUGAUCAGGGAGAACCAGUGGGGGGGUGCAGACAUCAGGCGGGGGGGCGACCCGGUCCUGAGGAACAACUACAUCUGUCAUGGCUAUUCUGACGGGGUGGUGGUGGGGGAGAGAGGCCGUGGACUCAUAGAGGGAAACCACAUCUACAGCAACAAGGGCUGUGGUGUGUGGUUGAUGUCCUCCAGCCUCCCUCAGCUGUUGGGAAACUACAUUACCCAUAACCGCAUGUACGGGCUGGCCGUGUUCUGCCGGAAGGACCCUGACGGGGGUGGGACCAGAGAAGGGGGGCAGGAGGGAGGAGGAAGAGGAGGAGGACAGGAGAACUUCCAUGAGGAAGGAGAGCUGCUGGCGUGGGAAGGUGACCUUGACAGCGAGGACGAACGUCUCUCCGCCCGGCGCUCCAUCAGCACGGCUCUGGUGGAGGGAAACUGCAUUAGCCGUAAUGGAGCGGUUGGUUUAUACGUGAAGAGCAGUGAACCGCUGAAUGUCGUUGCUAACCUAGUGAACGGUAACCGUGGCGCCGGUGUUGCCGUGCUACAGAGCGGUCAGCUGACUCGACUAGUUGCUAACUGCGUCCAUGGAAACGGGCGCGGUGGCGUCGCCGUGGAGAGGGAGUGUCGGGUGGAACUCCGCGGCAACGGUGUGUAUGACAACGGCGGCCAUGGCGUUAGUUUCCGGGGCGAUGGACAGGUGGUGGAGAACGACGUGGUGGGUAACCGUGGUUACGGGAUACGGUUGACGGACAGCGCCGAUGUCAAGGUGUUGCGUAAUCGAGUCCAGCCGGUACAGGGGUGUGGCAUCGCCGUGCUGGGGCCGGCAAAGGCCGUCGUCCACGACAACCUGGUGUUCCAGGGUCACCCCGGCAACGUCAAACCCCCGCUACACCGCGACCCCGGCAACGACAGCAGCGCUCUGCGCAACAACAGCGUGCUGAAACAUAGCAACAGGACAUGUUCCUCUGCCCCUCCCUGGGUUUUGGAGAACCCUCCGCCCCGCCCCCUCUCUGACCGUCCCUCAUCCCUCCCCCCCUCCUCCUCCUGUCACCCCUCCCACUUUGCAAUCUCCAUGACUACCAGGAUCACCGCCACCGUCGAGAGCGGUUGCCAUAACAACGGUAGCGUCUUCUGCACCAUCCUCUGAGGCCCUAGCAACCAGCCCGCCUAGUAACCCCGCCCUGAAGACGGAUUGGAUGACCUCCUCACCAGGGGUCAAGAGUUCAGCCCUGACCUCUCCUGUCUCGAAACAUUCUGUUUUCUUAAAACAUUCCUCUGACAUGUUGAUCUAGAAACACUUGAACUCUGCAGAUGUUGUGGAAUGGCUGGACACAGAACGUUGCCUGUCUUGGGGGUUCUAGAUUGUUGUCCUCUCUGGGGGAUCUAGAACAUUGUCCUCCCCGGGGGGGUUCUAGAACAUUGUCCUCUCCGGGGGUUCUAGAACAUUGUCCUCUCCGGGGGUUCUAGAACAUUGUCCUCUCCGGGGGUUCUAGAACAUUGUCCUCUCCGGGGGUUCUAGAACAUUGUCCUCCCCGGGGUUUCUAGAACAUUGUCCUCCCCGGAGGGUUCUAGAACAUUGUCCUCCCCGGAGGGUUCUAGAACAUUGUCCUCCCCGGAGGGUUCUAGAACAUUGUCCUCCCCGGAGGGUUCUAGAACAUUGUCCUCUCCGGGGGUUCAGGAACAUUGUCCUCUCCGGGGGUUCAGGAACAUUGUCCUCUCCGGGGGUUCAGGAACAUUGUCCUCCCCGGAGGGUUCUAGAAGUGUCAUUGAGCUAUGAGAUCCCCACUACUGGAGGAGCUUCUAUACAGCAUUUACCACUGUGACUGGUGUGGUAUCAUGGACAGUGUCAUGUGACUGGCGUGGUAUCAUGGACAGUGUCAUGUGACUGGCGUGGUAUCAUGGACAGUGUCAUGUGACUGGCGUGGUAUCAUGGACAGUGUCAUGUGACUGGCGUGGUAUCAUGGACAGUGUCAUGUGACUGGCGUGGUAUCAUGGACAGUGUCAUGUGACUGGCGUGGUAUCAUGGACAGUGUCAUGUGACUGGCGUGGUAUCAUGGACAGUGUCAUGUGACUGGCGUGGUAUCAUGGACAGUGUCAUGUGACUGGCGUGGUAUCAUGGACAGUGUCAUGUGACUGGUGUGGUAUCAGUGGUUAGGGAUGUGAGUUUUACCUGACUAGGAAUAACUCCUAGCCUUAAUGACAUUCAAGUUUCCCCCAAAAAUCCAGUUUCCUCACUGAAAUGUCUACUAGUGUGUUUUACUGAGCUUUCUACAUGUUUUCACCACACGAGUCACUUCCUCAGUUCUCCCAGACGGGUAAUGUUCUGACGGUAGGAACUCACACACAACCUGGAUUUAGUUUAUUACAUUAAAUGUUUUAUUUGUUUACAGAA